UAAUUAAUUAGGACAGUCUAGUUCUUGAAGAAACCAUGACCAUGAUUAAACUGGUUGUAUUAGCCGCCUGCAUUGCUGCAGCCAGCGCUCUUGGUCCCUGGAAAAGUGGACUAAGUGUGCGUUUCGGGGUUGGUCUUAUCGGCUGGGGUUCAUCCUACUUCAUCCAUGUUCCGCAAACUGUGUCCGACGCCAAGAACUCCCGUUGGGUGGAGACCGCCAGGCCCGAUGGCCCUCUCAGCAGCCUGGUGAUGCUGUGCCCCUCCCGAAACGAUGUGGUCCUCUGCGCCCUCUAUGAUGACAACGACGAUGUUGCUGGUCUGCAGAUUGCUCUGCCCACUGACAGCUACACUGACGCUGUUCUGGACUGGGAAACCCAAGGCUUUAGGAGCUGGACUGCUCCCGCCAACUCCAACGGAGUUGUCAGGACUUACUGGACCAUACAGCAGUACUUCGUCUCUGAAGCCACACUGAUGAAGAGCAAAGAGGAGCGUCGCGCAUCCCGCUCUCUCAGCCGUGGUGUGUUGCAAGAGAACGCCGUGUGGGUCACCGGCUUCAACGGGGACCUGAUGAGGAUCUCCGGCAACGCCAACGAGGUCACCGACACCGCCAACACCCUGUUCACUGAACAGGCUUGCGUCAUUCUCAUGGGUCGUCACUACUACUACAACAUGUCGACCACCACCGAGUGCUCGUCCUCCACCCUGCUGCCGUGGUUCCCACUUUUGGACAUGGGCACUGAUCAGCUGAUCGGCACAGGCCUCAUGUCGUUCGGCAAGCUGCCCGCUUCGGCCCUCGUCAAGGACUACUUCGAAAGACCCACUGAGAGCAACGUCAAGAUGAUCGUGCCCAACGGCCCCAACUGUAUCUACCAGCUGGCGGCAAACACCGGCCUGGUCACUAUGCACAUCUACUACGUGGAUUCACCCUGGCUCAUCAACUGCAUCAACAACUAGGCUCAAGAAGCCCAGCCUUACCAGCCCAGCCGAGUAUAAAUACUUAACAAUUUCUACAAUAAUCAGUGUUGAAUGUAAAUAUUUAAUAAACUCUACGACAGAUA